UCAAAGUGAAACCAGAGAGGCUGGUCCGACGUAAUCGGUUACUGAUAAGAUUCACAUUUCACAUCUCAGCACAGACGCAGGACAUGAGUUCAAUUACAUUUCCAAGAAACAGGGUUUUGUGAUUGCGCUUCCACUGCUAUCCGCACCCCCCAACCUUGUUGACUUCUCAGUACUGUACAAUGUGUGCUAUGUCUUCAAUUCUAAUUUCCACCAAAGUAGGAUCAGCAUUGAAUUAUCUGCUGAACACUUUGUCGUCAAAAUGGCAGCUUCCAUGUCCACACAACCGCCAGAUAUAGAUUGGUUAUAUCCCGAUUUGUUGUCCAGAGAUGGAUUGAUCUACAAAACAGUAUGCAGUGUCCUCCUUCUAAAGGUCUUGUCAACAGCUUUGGUCUUCCUGGCUCCCGACUGAAACCACCACCAUCCUGUAUUGACUUUAAUAGAAAAGUUGUGAAGUUGAGUUCUGCCAAGAAAAAUAGCACUGUCCCAAUGGACACUUCACCUACCGGGAGCAGUGGUAACGGACAACUGGCCACGGCCGAUUCAUCAAAUACUCCCUCCCCUAACAGCACCCUGGCACCGUCAUCGAAAUUGUCAAUAGGGACAGUUUCACAUUCAGAGUCUAGUUUGGGAAAAAGGACAGCGGUAGAAGCAAAUGAAAGUGACUUGUCCGAAGAGGCAAGCCCAGGUGCUAAGAAAAAGAAAUUCAGCAAGAUAUCUUGGCCUUGAUGUUGUCUGGAAGUUUUUCAACAUUUUCGUCCAUCUACGCAUUCUUGGGGAAAAUUUUGCAAAGAAACCAUUCCUGGGAUACGAUGUAGUUUCUGUUACAGAGAUGACCAGAAUGUUCUUUCUUAACAUUUGUGACAUGUGUCACGUUGACUAUUAAUUGACAGUCUGGUUUAGUUCCCCAGGAAUGAGUUUGCAUGUUUGGAUUGAUGUCAACCACACAUAACGUGCUUGACCCAACCUGUCCCUGGUGUACCAUAGUCACGGUAAUAGAUUUAGAUUUAUGCAGCAGGGUGUGACUACCUUAGUGUUUUGCUGGGACUUAAGCGCUAUAUCUUGUUAAUAAUAGAAACAAGGCUAUUGACUAUCAUAACCGUAACACGUAAUUACACAGUAUUUCAGAAAGUCAUCUAUUACUAUGACAAAUUACUUGUGCAAACAUGUGACAUUGUGUUUGGAAUAUGUUAUCACCCGAAAAUGGUACGUGUGUAUUUCUUGAGUCCUUGGUAACCUGUACUAUAUUGUUUUUAAAGCUGCAAUUGUAUUUUUAUUUUACCUUGAUUUUUAAAAAUGUUUUAGCCUCUCCAAGGUGCACAAUGGUCAUGUUUUUUUAACAGAAAAAUCUU